AACAAGUUUUACAUUCGAUGUUUAGUUACAUUGCGCGAACCAGUAUAAACAUAUUGUUUAAAUUCUUGUAUAUUGAUAAAUAAAAGGCUUGCUGCGUACUGUAUCAUAAUUUUUUAAUAUUUUUUCUGCGGUUUUGUAUUGUAGUGGUGAUAAAAUGAGUGGGACUGAUAAGAAGCCGAAGAUCCCGCAGCCGCCGGCACCAGCUGUCGGCACCGGGAAUCUGUUGUCGAGUGUGGCGCCUCCCUCGCAGUUGCCUAACUUCGUGACUGCCAGCCCUGUGGUCCCUGUAGCAAGCACAGCUGCUGAGAUACCACAGAUUCAGAUGCCACAACCUGUAAUACAGCCAGUACCAGCCCCGGUGCCAGUUCAGCCGAUCAUAGUACAAGCCAGAGAUGAGCCCAAGCCUCAACCAGCUCAAGAAACAUUCAGCCCAGCCAUUCCACUGAGCAAGGGUGAACCAAUGAUUUCCAUCAGAUCACCAGAAGACUCACAGACCACUCAUUCUCCUGACUCUCUGCCACCAGAUUCCACAUCAGAAAUUGAACAGCUUGGUGACAUAAUGCCAGGCAGUGGUCUGUUUACUUGGAUGAAGGGGGCCGUCUCGACCGGUGGGCUGUUACAUCGCGUGGCUGAGAAGGCGAAAAGCUCGGUAGACUCCAUGAUCACAACCCUCGACCCACAGAUGAAGGAGUACCUUAGAAGUGGUGGGGACUUGCUGAUCGUGGUCGCUUCGGACAAAGAAGCGAAGAUUUCACCGAUCAGAGAUGCAUUCCAGACAGUAUUUGGAAAAGCUAAUGUCGUUGGCUACGCAGCACAAAGCGACGUGACAGCAGCACAGCCGGUGGGCUACGCAGCGGCGUACGCGGCGGCCAAACAACGCAUCGCACACAUACGCUCCGUGCAUUCAGAACUACAUAACAACGUGCCUAUAGUCGCUGUAGAAGGAUUCCUACAAGAAUGUGUUACCGACAGAUGGUACGACGUAUCCCUACUGAUCCUCUCCCAGCCCUCACUGGGUAUCGAGCUGCAGCUACAGUCGCAGGGCACUUCAGUAGCGGCGGCCGCGGUGGCGGCGGCGGCGGCCGCCACGCCGUCAGACUACGAACACGCGCAGACCGGCUACAGUGUUACUAUAGGUUCCAUUAUGGCUGCCAGUUUACAGGUCCCGCACACACAGUGGCAGGAGGCCGCGACAGGCGUGUCCCGGCAGGACAUCCUGCAGCUGGCGGCGCGCUCGCUGGCCGGCUCCUACAAGCGUCUGCUCGCCGUAUCCGCGGCCGAGACCUAGGACUUACCACAUCUAUAUUGAGACUGGACUACGACAAAUUAUUGUGUACAGAAGCCGGGAAGUUGUAAAGAAUCUAUUGACAUCUAAAGUAUACUUAUUAUCGCCUAAUGUUAUGUAUAGAUAAGUUAUAAUAAAGUUUAUUCGGGGCCAA